AUGUUGGGCUCAACAGCCCUCAUUGGGCUCGCCCAAAUCGCCUCGGCAGCUACCACAACUGGAGCCUACACCGACGCAAACACUGGCAUCGAGUUUCAACAAUACUCGGACACCUCGAUAGGGUACAGCUUUGGUAUUGCGGUUCCCCAGAGCCCAACAGCCGAUUUCAUCGGUCAAUUGGUGGUUCCUCUCACUUCUGGUGCAGGUUGGGGUGCGCUCUCAAUGGGCGCCGGCAUGACUAACAAACUCCUCUUUGUUGCGUGGCCCAACGGCAAAGAGAUUCAGUCAGGUUUCCGAUAUGCCACUGGUUACUCCAACCCCGAUGUGUACACAAACUCAACAGUUGCGGCUCUGCCAAUUGCCAAUGGUACAUUUAUCAACAGCACACACUUGUCCUAUACUUUCGUUUGCCAAUCCUGUGUGAUCGGAGGCUUGACAACUUUCAAUGCUUCAAGUGAACUUGCCACUCUCGGUUAUGCCGUAUCAAGUUCCACUCCCACAACUCCAUCUAGCUCGGGAAGUGCUUUGUCAUACCAUGAUGUCGGUUCAAACAUCUACAACCUCAACUUGACAGCUGCUAGAUCUGCGCAAUACUCUACAUGGGCUUCAUGGGCAUCCGCUGCUCCAUCUGGUGGGAACUCAACUAGUCCGGGAACUGGUAGUGGCUCAAACAGCACGGUCCCGGCUCCCACCACACUCAACUCUACUUACGAUGUCAUUGUUGUUGGUGGUGGUGCUUCUGGUAUUAUUGUUGCUGAGCGUAUUGCUGAGAGUGGUGUCAGUGUCCUCCUCCUUGAGCGUGGUCCCGCCAACACAGUUGCCCUCGGCUCCACUCAAGGCCUCUCUUGGAACUCUACUCUUACUCCCUAUGAUGUGCCAGCUCUUGGCAGCAGUCUUGCGUCCAUCUCAGGAACUAAGUUCUGUUCUGAUACCGCAUCUACUGCUGGCUGUCUUCUUGGAGGUUCGAGCUCCAUCAAUGGCCUCAACUUCAUUCACCCCGCUGCUCAUGACUUUGAGAAAUGGCCAACUGGAUGGGAUUGGGAUUCUGUCUCUGGCGCAGCUGACCGUCUCUACUCUCGUAACCCUGGUACCACCCAGCCUUCGGCUGAUGGAAAACACUACGAUGAUUUGGCAUACACUACCUGGUCAGCAUAUCUCGGACAACAAGGUUGGAGUGAGGUCGACUCUAUUGAGAGCCCCAACGAGAAACAUGCAGUCUUCUCUCGUCCUGCUUGGAGUAUCUCCAACCAUCUCCGAGCUGGUCCCGCUAGAACCUACAUGCCGUUCGCCGAGAAGCUUGAUAAUUUUGAAUUGAAGCUCGAAUCUAGCGUCGUCCAGGUCUUGCGAAAUGGAAGCACAAUCACCGGUGUUUUGACUCAGGCUACAGAUGGUUCUCGUCAAAUUAUCAAUCUCAAUGCCAAGGGUAAAGUCGUCCUUGCUUCAGGCGCUCUAUCGACUCCCCGUAUCCUCUGGAACUCUGGCAUUGGUCGAUCUGACGCGCUCAACAUUGUUAAAACCGGCACAUCUGGUGUCUCUCUGCCAGACUCGUCCGAUUGGAUUGACCUACCUGUCGGUCACAAUUUGAAGGAUCAUGCUCAAGUCCCUUUGCAGUUUACUACUUCACCUGCCUUCAAAGCUUUUGAUUUCAAUGGACUCGCGACAUCGCCAGUUGCCACCGACUUGGAUUUGUACAAGCAAGGCUCUGGAACUAUAACACAGGCAGCUCAGCGAAUGCACUUGUGGACUUCAAUCAAUGGUACUGACGGUGUAGCUCGCUACCUCCAAGGCACCGUCAGCGCGAUGGCCGAUGAUACUAUCACCAUCAAAGCCUUCCUUACUCAUGGUACUACCAGUACUGGUGAGCUUGGAAUCUCGGCAUCUGGCAGUACCGUCCUUAACACCAAGCCAUGGUUGCAAACAACUGAAGAUAUGGCUGUCUAUUCGGAAUUUAUCCAGUUCUUCUUGAACAUGGUGUCUAGCAAUUCCUCAAAUGCCGCAGGAAACAGCAGCACCACUCUCAGCUACAAGACUGCAGGAGCAACCCCUUCAAGCAUUAUUUCAUCUUCUCUUGUCAGUGGUGAUCACUGGGUUGGAACUGCUAAGAUGGGCACAGAUGACGGACGUACCGGCGGUACCGCUGUUGUCGACUUGAAUACCAAGGUAUACGGUACUGACAACCUUUUCAUCGUUGACGCCUCCAUUCACCCCGAUCUACCAACUGGUAACACCCAGGCUAUUAUCAUGGUUGUCGCUGAGCAGGCUGCUUCUAAGAUCGCAGCUUACGACGUCGCCACCGGAGGUAGUACUACCAGCAGCCCUGCUAUCCUCGCACCCAGUGCCACCGGUGCUGAUUCAGCCGCCGACGCGGGUGAUGAUGAGAACUGUGAGGCUUGA